GUAUUCCAUUUGAUGCUGUCAUCUAUGUACGGUACUUUAACCGAGGUAUGAUACACUUGCCGUAUCACGUUGUCAUAGUGACCACGGCUUGUUUGCAUAUCGAUGUGAAUUUAAAUCGUGGUUUCAUAAUCACGCUAAUAAACAUUCGCGGUCAAUCGGUUUAAACGCAUGUUUUUACAGUCUACAUCGGAUAAUUAGAGAUUGCCGUCGCAAUGAAUGACAUCGUGACAAAUCUCGUGAUUGAGAAGCAAUUCGAUUUCGACGAUCUACAUCCGUCGUCGCUGGAUAAACGUCCGGAGGAUGAGCACGACAUAGAGAAAUCCACUAGUACUGUCGUGGAGAUCCUGCAGCAACUGCAACGCGAAUUGUGCCUGAUCAAAUUGUGUUGGCCGGAUGUCUCCAUAAUGACGGAGGACCUCUACGUACAAUCACUUCCGAAUACCUACCACUGCGUCAAUGACAAGGAGCGACUGCUACUAUGGUACGCAGAAAAUUUUCGACGGCAGUUCCAUGCGAAGUACGCGAAUCGCCGACCGUUGUUGUUAGCCUGCGAAAAUGAAUGUCGUGUACAAAAAUUUGUAUCUACAAGUAUCAAACGAAGUACGCUGCCGUAUCCGGAAUUAUAUACAUGGCAUGGAUGUGUACAAUUCAUCAGUGAUAACAUCGUGUAUCAGCCACUAGCCAAAGCUUUCAUUAUGGUAAGUAAACAAAUCUGGACAAGAACGACUUGAGAUUUUCUUUUUUGUAUAUUUCCUUUUUCAAUGAUAUCGUCGCGCGCAAUUCAAAUAAU